GUUGAAGAGUUCGGGCCACCACCUGGACCUGCUGCUGCAUUGCUCAACUUACGAUGUCGACCACUGCACCGUCGACCACUGCUGCUGCCGCUGGCCCCGCUGUCCCGCUGACGCCUACGGCCGACUACAAUGAAGCCUCAGACGCCAAGCCAGCUCACGACGGACCGCAUCCCGCCGUGGAGCUGGAAAAGUUGAACCUCUUCCAACGCUACUUGUCGGUGUGGGUGCUCUUGGCCAUGGUCGCCGGCAUCCUGAUCGGUUACUACGUGCCGUCCGUACCCACUGCGCUCGAAGACGCGACCGUGCACGGCAUCUCGAUCCCCAUCGCCGUGUUCCUGUGGGGGAUGAUCCUGCCAAUGAUGCUCCAGAUCGACUUUCACAGCAUCGUCGCCGUCGUCAAGGCGCCCAAGCCCAUUCUCCUCUGCUCAGUCAUCAACUACGCCAUCCAGCCCUUCACCAUGUACGCGAUCUCGCUGCUGUUCUUCAAGGUCUUCUUCGAUUCGUAUUUGGGCCAAGACAAGUCGGACGGAUAUGUCAUCGGCGCGGUCUUGCUGGGCGGCGCGCCGUGCACGGCCAUGGUGUUUGUCUGGUCGGUGCUCAUGAACGGCAAUGCUGCGUACACGCUGGCGCAGGUCGCCGUCAACGACAUCCUCUUGAUCAUCUUGUACGUGCCGACGGUCAAGCUGCUCGCGAGUGCGUCGAACAUUGAGAUGCCGUGGGACACGUUGCUGUACUCUGUGGGUCUGUUCAUCUUGGUGCCGCUCGUCGUGGCCGUGGUGACACGCCAGAGCUUGAACGAGCGCGGCCUCGAAUGGCUCAAGACCAAGGUCAUUCCGCUGCUCGACACGCUGUCGAUGGCGUUUCUGUUGCUCAUGGUGGUCCUCAUCUUCAUCUCGCAGGCGUCCACGAUCACCAAGAACUGGGUCGACAUCCUCAUCAUCGCCAUUCCGCUCACCGUCCAGACCGUGCUCAUUUGGGGCAUCACGUACGCCGUGUCGAUCUACUUUCGCAUCCCGUACGACGUCGCCGGUCCGUCGUCGCUCAUCGCGUGCUCAAACUUUUUCGAGAUGGCCGUCGCGAUUGCGGUCAGCAUCUACGGGUCGGGAUCUCCCGCCACACUCGCGACGGUCGUGGGAGUCCUCAUCGAAGUCCCUGUCAUGCUCAUCCUCGUCGCCAUCAACAACAAGACCCAGCACCGCUUUGCCAAGGGCCACGUCCAGUUGGAGUGAGUAGACAUUUCAUGUAAAUAAUAGACCGCCAAGCCAUACUUCUACCGUCA